AUCCAAAACGCCCGUCUCUCCCUUCCCUAUUCCUUCCCUCUCCCUUUCCUCUUCCUUCCCUCUUCCUUCCCUCUUAGAUUCCUAGCUCUUCUUCCAUUUUCUUCUACCAGAAGAUUGCAUUCUUUGACCACAAUCUUCCACAACAUCAUAUUCCUCGCUACCUUACCCUUCUUCCUGAUACCAGAAGCUUGCAUUCUUCGACCGCAAUCUUCCACGACAUCACAUUGCUCGCUACCUUACCCUUCUUCUUGAUACCAUAAGUUAAUCGUCGAGAUACAAAUGCACAUAUCAUCGAAUACCCCAGCAAACAUGACCCGACCAAAAGCCGAAGGAGAUGCCCAACCACUCUGUUUCUCCCCCGCCAUCCAGGGGCAUUUCGAUCUCGUCGCCUUCAAGCUCAAGCUGAUGCGAGAGGCGUUGGAGGACAACGUGAUGGUAUGGCAGCGUCACCGGAAGAACAUCCUGUUUCUCAUAGACUACUAUGAGAACGGCGGCGAAGUUCCUCCUCCCGGCAAGACGAUGUGGAUCUUCGAUGGCAAGGUCGUCGAUCAACCGCCAACACCACCUUGGCCCGUGACAUCGGCAGCGUGGGCAGAAGAGGGCUUGGGUUUUCAACUUGCAGGACUCGUAUCGUGAGCAAACUUCCUGUCAUGUAGAAGAUAUGCCGGAGUUAGGACAUGGAUUAGAACAUGGUAAGGACGACGGAGAAAUCGAUCACAGCUUUGUACGAAUUGAUGGGUUGCUUCUUCACUGCGCUAUCUCCUGUGUAAUAGCCUGUUUGUUUUCACGCGUUUGCCACUAUGGCGGUUCCAGAGAUGUCCGCCGCCGCUGCGCAGGCACUUGGGUGGGUUAACCAACAACAAUGC